AAAUUUCUGACAGUUUCGGAGAAUUUAAAUGAGAACAAAUUGUAUCAAAAUGUUUCUUAAUAUUAAUUUUAUAUGAUUAUAUUUAGUAUUUAAAUAUCCAAGAUACCAAUUAUUUACAAAACAAUAAAAAUCGCGGUCAACUUUUUACGAAAAUAAUUGCGCCGGUAAAGGGAAGUUACUCAUAUCCAAAACGAGCCAAACAAAAACGAAAAUUUAAAAUAUGACGCUUUCAUCAAGUUCUGGAAUUCCACCAAAAACUUGGCAACCCCCAAACGUAACAUUCGACACAACUGCAGGGUCAGUUACAUUUGAACUUUAUUGGAAACAUGCACCAAACACAUGUAGAAACUUCGCAGAGUUAGCCAGAAGAGGAUAUUACAAUGGUGUAAAGUUUCAUCGAAUCAUCAGAGAUUUUAUGAUUCAAGGAGGAGAUCCUACAGGAACAGGUAGAGGAGGAGCUUCUAUUUAUGGAAAGGAAUUUGGUGAUGAAAUCACAAAUGAGUUAAAACAUACAGGUGCAGGAAUUUUAUCAAUGGCAAACAGUGGACCAAACACAAAUGGUAGUCAGUUUUUCAUUACAAUAGCUCCGACUCAGUGGUUAGAUGGUAAACAUACAAUAUUUGGACGUGUUUCUAGUGGUAUGCAGGUUGUACAGAGAAUAGGACUUGUAGAAACAAGAGAAAAUGAUAUGCCUGCAGAAGAUAUAAAAAUAGUGAAAGCAAGCGUUAUACCAACGUGAAUAAAAUUUUCCAGUAAAA